UUGGACAUUCUCUCUUCCCUCCCAUUACCAUAGUCUCCUCCACUUCGAAAUUCCAUAUCAAACCCACUCACUGAACUUGACCGUUGAAGUCUCACUGUCCAUUUCACACUUCAAAACCUAAGCUUAUAUCAUCAUCAUCAAUGCCUCCUCUACAAAAACGAAAUCGAACUGAAAUCGACAAUCCUCAACCAGCAAUCACAAUGAACAAUCAUCAACACAAAAUAUCUGAAUACGAACUCUCAAGAGAAGAAAGAAUCCGCGAAAAUCACGAAAGAAUGGGAAAAUUGGGUAUUCUCGACAUUUCACUUUCCCUCAAGCUCAAACCUAACCCACCUUCACGCAGAACCCCUUCUAACAACCCUAAAUCCCCAAUUUCUCUCAACCCUUCUGGCCCAUCUCGCCGAUCUUCCAGGUUGCAGAAUGUUGCUCCAAUUAGUUACUCUGAAGCGCAAGUGAAGGGAGAAAAGCGUGAGAAAAGUACUAGGAUUGUGAUAAGAGAAGGUCCUCAACCUGAGAUUUACACUAAAGAACAUGAGAAGCUUUUGGGGAACACCGAGAAAACUUGGGAACUUUUUGUGGAUGGUGUUGGGAAAGAUGGGAAACGGAUUUAUGAUUCUGUUCAAGGAAAAUCUUGCCAUCAGUGCAGGCAAAAAACUCUUGGUUAUCGAACACGCUGUUGCGAAUGCCACAUGGGCCAGGGGCAGUUUUGUGGAGAUUGCUUGUACAUGAGAUACGGGGAGCAUGUAAUAGAAGCCUUGGCGGAUCCAACUUGGAAAUGCCCACGUUGUCGUGGAAUUUGCAACUGUAGCUUAUGCCGUAAAGCUAAAGGAUGGGAGCCUACUGGGAAUCUGUAUAGAAAGGUAUUGCAGUUGGGAUACAAAUCAGUCGCACACUACCUCAUCCAAACUCGUCGCUCAGAUACAGUUGUUGAGAUAAAUGAUGAUACUUGCAACCCAGUUUUAGAUACAGAUGUUGAGAAAAUUGAUGAUGCUUCCAUCCUAGUUUCAGAUACAGAUGUUGAGAAAAUUGAUGAUGCUUCCAACCCAGUUUCAGUUAAAAGGUCUCUACCUUUCUCUGAUGAGGUCAAUGAGAAUAAGCUUGGACCAAAGCAGUCUCUAGCUAAAGCUGAAACUGAUGGGGACGAGGUUGUCGCAAAGAGAUCAUUGAUUUUCCCUGGUGAUCAAGAUAAGCUUGAAAAAGUUGAAGGUUCGGAUAGCGUCAUGCUACUUGCUUCUUCUACCAGACCAAGCCCAGACAGUAUUGCUGGAAGACUUAGGUCUAGGGUCAAAAAGCCAUGAUGAUUAUAGUUUCUUUAAUUUAAGCCGAGCUAUGUUAAGAGAACAUUGUGUUUUGAAAUUAUCUAACUUGAUAAUUUUGGGAAGAAAACCUCUUUUGCCAUAGUAACAGUAGUAUCAGCAUGUGAAACACUUAAGCACCAACCACUGUUGAUUUUAAUUGAAGAGUAGUGGUAUUAUGUGCAUUUCUCAAAAUAUAUUCAGCACAUCAAAGAUCAGUGGCCAUAUUUUGAAUGUCUGGCAUUUUUUGCUUGAAUCCUUUCACAAA